CUACAGACUGCGUAUCACCUUUCAAAAACUUAACCAUCUCGAUCGCAGUCAACACCACCUUUUUCCCUUUCUUCAUUCAUCCCAUCUCCUACUUCCUCCCUACAAGCUUCCUCUCUCUCUCGGUCCUUUGGUUCAUCGCAAGACAAUCCUUCAGACAAACAGCCCAGAGUCACUCUCUUGUGCUCCGACUCGAUCUUCGGUCUCCGCUCCCCGUCACUUCCGUUUCCUGUCCUUCCCUCGCCCAGUCUCACGUCGUCAAGCCUGCUCCGGCCACCAUAUCAGCCAACAGCCGCAGUCGCACUUUGCAAUCAUUGUUUCAGUGGAUACAAUCAACGACUGGCUGAUUCUCCAUUGCGACUGCCAUCAGCUCAACGCUACUGCCUCCCAUCGCUUGCCUCACUUCCCCGUGCCGGAUUUGACACCUUACCUGUCCCUCCCCGGCAGCAGGCCAUCACUGACGCACCUGGUUGAUAAAUUCACAAGCAUCCUUCGUGCAACCUUCGAGUUUGGAGAAUCUGCAAACACUCUUCGGCAUCAAACUCAUAUUCAACGUCAUCCAAUCUUUGACCCGACAAGACAUUCCCUCCUUGCACUCGAACAACUGAGGAAACGUUCGGUGCUUCCAUCCUUUCCGCCGCGGGUCUUGCCCUGGCCGCCGAAUUCGACCUGAAAGAGUCAGGACAUACCAGGCUUCUGGAAACAAAUAUCAAUCAUGGCACAACAAGGUUCUACCGGAGUGCCUGGCCCAGCCGGGCGUAGACUUCAUAUCGCCCACCGUCGCAGUCCAUCUGAGCUCACUCCACUCAUGAUGGAACAACUGGCUCUUCAGCAACAGAUCGAAUUGCUCCAACAGCAACAACAGCAAAUCGCUGCUACCCAUCAGCAAUAUGUCAAUAUGGGAAUGAUUCAGCAGCCUUUGCAGAAUAUGCCUGGCUACUCACCACUUCAGGGCCAAACUAACAUGGCUGGUAUGUCUCCGAACAAUACCAACUUUCAAUUUCCACAAAUGCAACAGCAGAUGGGGAUGCCGGCCAAUCCUCCUACGCAACCCGCUGCUCACCGAAGAAACCAAUCUGCCCUUCCGGGGAUGGCCAUGGGCCCUCCACCAGCACCAUCAUCCGGCACCGCUGGCUCAGCUUAUGGUGACUACAACCAGCAGGCCACGGGCCAAAACCGCGAGAACGCAGGAGGACGUGGUGGAAGAGGUGGAUCUUCACAAGGACAUGCUCGUCGUCACUCUCUUGCGCUUCCCGAGGCAAAGAAGGCCGCCGAACUCGCUGAGAAGAAGAGAACUGCUGCUGGUUUUCAGUUCCCUAUUCCAGGCGCAGGCGGUGUUACCGACAGUCCGGUAGCAUCUACUCCCGCCGAUGACAAAUUGACCACACCUACAAGCUCACAUGGACUCGGCUUGCAGCGUGCUGGUAACGCCAGAGUCACUGGGCACAAUCGCAGUCAAAGUAUGGCCGCUGGCGGCGCACGAGGCGGCGGAGGUGCUGGCCGCGGUUCUGCUUUCCAAUUUCCACCUCCCAUGGCUACUUCAGAUGGUGGUGCUGGCCAGGGCAAUCAGUCCGACCUGCAACGUCGUGGCAGUCAAAGCAGCCACGCCCGUACAGGCUCGCGCAACUUCGAGGGCAAUUGGCGUCAGCAGAAUAACCAACAGAAUGCAGAUCAGUCUCACCAACAGAUGGGCCAGUUCAGCCAACCUCAGGGAAUGAACGUAAAUGCUUCAGGAUUUCAACCGGGCCAUAGGGCAGGCCGAGGCUCUAUGAACCAGUCCAUUGGUUCCAUGAGCGGGUUCCAGUAUCCAGGACAGCCGCAGCUUGUCCAAAUGCCUCAGGGACAGAUGAUGAUGGCUCCUCAGAUGUUUCCUGGUCAACAAUUGAAUGCUCUGCAAAUGGCUCAGCUGCAGGCAAUGCAGGGUGCCCAGCUGGGAGGACUUCAGGCAAGUCAGCAUGCUCCACCAAUGGGCUUGCAACAGCAGCAACAGCAGCGAAAGACUCUGUUCACUCCUUAUCUGCCUCAAGCCAGUCUUCCUGCUUUGUUGAACGAUGGGCAGCUCGUUGCUGGUAUUCUUCGAGUCAACAAGAAGAAUCGGUCUGAUGCCUACGUGACCACCAGCGACUUGGAUGCUGAUAUCUUCAUCUGUGGUAGCAAAGACCGCAAUCGUGCCCUGGAAGGCGAUCUCGUUGCAAUCGAGCUCCUUGACGUGGAUGAAGUCUGGGGCCAGAAACGUGAGAAAGAGGAGAAAAAGAAGCGCAAGGAUAUAACAGAUACUCGCUCUUCAAGCAAUGCCCAAAAUGGCAAGAACGAUACCUCGUCCUCCGCCGACGCUCAGUCCAUCGCACCGGACGGUAGCAUCCGACGACGUGGUAGUCUCCGACAACGUCCGACGCAGAAGAAGAAUGAUGAUGUCGAGGUCGAAGGCCAGAGUCUUCUCCUCAUGGAAGAGGAGGAGAUUAGUGACGAACAGAAACCACUGUACGCUGGUCAUGUUGUCGCUGUCAUUGAAAGAGUCGCUGGCCAGAUGUUCUCUGGUACCCUCGGCCUGCUUCGACCGAGCAGCCAGGCCACCAAAGAGAAACAAGAGGCUGAAAGACAAGCUCGUGAUGGCGCACACAAUCGCUCAGAGUCUCGUCAACAAGAAAAGCCCAAGAUUGUUUGGUUCAAGCCAACCGACAAACGUGUGCCUCUUAUCGCUAUUCCUACCGAGCAAGCUCCGCGAGAUUUCGUCGACAAGCACAUGGACUACGCCAACAGAAUCUUUGUUGCUUGCAUUAAGCGUUGGCCAAUCACUUCGCUGCAUCCUUUUGGGACCCUUGUUGAGCAACUUGGCGAGAUGGGAGACCUACGGGUCGAGACCGAUGCCCUGUUGCGUGACAACAACUUUGGAGCCGACGAGUUCUCUGAUGCUGUCUUGAAGAGCGUGGGAUGGGAAGAUUGGUCUCUCGAGGCCGAGAGCGAGGAAGUUCUGGCUAGCCGUCUUGACCUCCGCAACGAGCGCACCUUCACCAUUGAUCCUAUGCAUUCAAGCGAGCUCGAUGAUGCUCUGCAUAUCAAGCAGCUUGAUGAUGGCUUGGUCGAGCUUGGCGUUCACGUCACCGAUAUCGCUCACUUCGUCAAGGCAAACUCGCUCGUCGACCGAGAAGCGAAGAAGCGAGGUACUGGUGUAUACCUGAUGACACGUUCCGUCAACAUGCUUCCACCACGACUUUCAUCCGAGAUCUGCUCGCUUCUUCCAGGCCAAGGCCGCUUGACUGUCAGUGUGAUCUUCAAGGUCCAUCCCGACACUGGGAAGAUUGAGGGAGAACCUUGGAUUGGCAAGACUAUCAUCCAGAGCUCCGGCAAGCUGGCAUACGAUGAGGUUGAUACCGUCAUCAAGGGGGGCGACAACAUCGACCUGCAGGGUGCUACCAGCGCCGACAUCAAGACCUUGCACGGCAUUGCCAACAAGUUCCGGGAAGCUCGAUUUGGUCAUCGUUCUGCCGACAUUGCACCACUACGCCUCUUCUACCAACUCGACGAUGAAAAUGUGCCAGUCGAGCAGAACAUUUUCAACUCUUCUGCUGCACACGAGAUCAUGGAAGAGAUCAGCUGCAAGGCCAACUUCUUCGUCGCGCAAAGAAUCUUUGCUGCCAUGCCCGACAAAGCGUUCCUGAGACGACAAGCACCUCCCAAUCCGCGACGUCUUCUUACCUUCGCCGAUCGAAUGACUCGAGCUGGCUACGAAGUCGAUGCAAGCAGCAGCGGUACUCUGCAGAACAGUCUUUUCCAGGUCGGGGAUCCUGACUUCCGCAAGGGCAUGGAGACUUUGUUAGUCAAGACUUUGCAGCGGGCCAAGUACUACAUUGGUGAUCAGCUCGCAGAGGAGCAGCGGCAACACUAUGCCUUGAACUUGCCCAUCUACGCUCAUUUCACCAACCCAUCCCGUCGCUAUGCUGAUAUUGUCGUACAUCGCCAAUUGGAGGCUGCUCUGUCCAAUGGUGCGAUUGAAUUCGGCGAGGAUAUGGAGAGUUUGGCGAAGACUGCCGAACAAUGCAACAACAAGAAGGACUCGGCUCAUUGUGCUCAGGAACAGAGUGUGCACAUCGAGUCUUGCCGACUCAUGGACAAGAAGAGUAAAGAAGUGGGUGGUGACCUUAUUAGUGAUGGCAUCAUCAUUUGUGUCUACGAGUCAGCCUUUGACGUUCUCAUUCCCGAGUACGGUUUUGAGAAGCGUGUCCACUGCGAUCAACUGCCCUUGAAGAAGGCCGAGUUUCGCAAGGAGGAGAGAGUGCUCGAGCUGUACUGGGAGAAAGGUGUCCCAUCGUCAGCUUAUGUCCCUGAGGACGAGAGACCACGGGCCAAUGCAAGCACCAGAGCGAACGGUGGUUCCGACUCUGCAAAGGAGCGUGCCAAAGAACGAUUUGAAGCGCAGCGAAAGCAGACUGAGAGUAACACCAUGUCGACCGACGAUGUCGAUGCUCUGUUCGACGAUGAGGAUAGUGCUUCUGAGAUGACGGAAAUGGCUGCAGGAGUCUCUUUGAAUGACCGCUCGAUCCGGAGCUUGCCCGCAUCUCCAGGCCGGAAUGGAUCGUCUGCGCAAGGCGCUACCAGAACUCAAUCCGACUCGAAAAUCGGCAGAUUUGUUGGGGACGUCCCAGAGAACCAUCUCACGGAUAAGGAGAAGUAUCUGACCUACUUCUCACUUCGUGAGGAAGGUGGUGAAUACAUUCAGGACGUCAGAGAAAUGACUCGAAUUCCAGUCAUCCUCAAGACCGAUAUGACGAAGAGUCCUCCAUGCCUGACAAUUCGAUCUAUGAAUCCUUAUGCAUUGUAAUCAAUGCGUAAUGUCUUAUUUGUAAUACUUGCCAAGAGCAAAGUAAUCAUCACCACAAAGUUGCCCUCGAAACGAAAGGUGUAAGUCUGGGGAAGUGGGCUUUACGAGGCAUCGGCGUAUCAACAAGAAACAAGUAUCUAAUACUUGACGCGAAGCUCGCGUUUGCCUAGAGUUGGAGAAGGCAUGGUACUUGGGACAAGUACGUGAUUGGGUGUGCUGUGCAUGGCCAUGCGAGCUGGAGUGAGAUUGUGCGAGUCGAAGUGCAGCAGAAGAAAGCACUGUGUGAGCGAAGGGAAGCAGACAUUGAUUGUGGAAAAGAUUGCAAAGAGCUGUAAUCAGGAGUUUUCCUAUUAGCGUGAUAUGCAUAAAAGUCUCUAUUUCUUUCA